UAAAUGUCGCACACAAUAAAAUAGCCCACAGAGCUAAGAUGACUCUGACACACAGGCCUCCUAAACCUCCCGCUCCAGAGCCCCCUCAUGAGUCAUGCUGGGCAUCGUUCCCAUGAAGCAAUGUGUCAGCUGUCUGAGAGUGGGUGGAUUUUCCUGGGGAGUGGGUAAAGGGGUGGGGUUGGAGGUGGGAAAAGGGGGAUAGAAGUAUGGAUAUUGUAUUUCAUGUUCCAGAAUAAAGCCAAUAGCCCCACACUGAGCGGCCAGUCUAUAAAUAACCUUCCAGUUGGAGCUCAGUUGAAGGGUCAGGACAGCUGAGGAAGUGGGCCGUCUCUGGAUUCAGCUGGUGUGUGCUUCUAAAUCCUCUUUCCAAGGCUAGAGAGUAGAGCUACUCUGCUGUACGGACGAUCCACUUCUGUUUGAUUUGCAGCCCCCGAAAGGCUCUUCAAACUCCUCCAGCCAGGAACAAUGGCUCUGCCUAUAAACCCCAUGGAUGAGCCCCGGAUGUACCAGCAAACGCUGCUCCAGGACGGCCUGUACGACCUGCUGGAGAACGACAAGCUUGUUGACUGCGUGCUGAAGAUCAAAGACAAGGAGUUCCCCUGCCACCGGCUGGUUCUGUGCGCCUGCAGCUCGUACUUCCGCUCCAUCUUCCUGUCAGACCUGGAGGAGAGCAAAAAGAGGGAAAUUAUCCUGGAGGACGUGGAGCCCGGCGUCAUGGGGCUGAUCCUGAAGUACCUGUACACCUCCAAGAUCAACGUGACAGAGCAGAACGUCCAGGACAUCUUCGCCGUGGCUAAUCUCUACCAGAUCCCUUCCAUUUUCACUGUAUGCGUGUCUUUCUUACAAAAGCGUCUGAGCCUCAGCAACUGUCUGGCGAUCUUCAGGCUGGGCUUGAUGCUGGACUGUCCCAGGUUGGCUAUCUCCGCCCGAAACUACGCCUGCGAGCGCUUCCAGCUCAUCUCCAGAGACGAGGAGUUCCACCAGCUGCUUCCCAGUGAGCUGGCCGCCAUUUUAACCAAUGACACUCUGAACGUAGAGACAGAGGAGGCGGUGUUCGAGGCUCUGAUGAAAUGGGUGUCUCGGGACCCUGAGAGCAGAGAGAAAGAGCUUCCAGGUUUGUUGGACUGCGUUCGCUUACGCCUCGUCUCCGAGGAUUAUCUGAGGGAGAAAGUGGAGAAACACAAACUGAUCGCAUCCAAUCCCGAGCUGCAGAAGAAAGUCCAGCUCGUCAAAGAUGCUCAAGCUGGGAAAAUGCCAGAGGUGAAAAAAAGCAGUGGAGCAGAGAAAGACGGAGAGAGCGAAGAUAAAGAGGAGGACGAGGGUCUCCUCCCGAGCAUCCUGAACGACAACCUGCGAUUUGGAAUGUUUUCAAGGGACUUGAUACUGAUGGUGAGCGACACAGGCGCUGUGGCCUACGACCCAGCAGGGAACGACUGCUUCGCAGCGUCACUCUCCACGCAGGUUCCCAAGAACCACAUCAGCCUGGCCACCAAGGAGAAUCAGGUCUUUGUGGCCGGAGGAUUAUUCGUCGAUGAACAGAACAAAGAUGAUCCGUUGUGCUCCUACUUCCUGCAGUACGACCCCGUCAGUGCCGACUGGCUCGGGAUGCCUCCCAUCCCGUCUCCACGCUUCCUGUUUGGGCUUGCCGAGGCGGAGAACUCCAUCUUCGUGUUGGGAGGGCGGGAGCUGAAGGAGCGGGAGCAGACGCUGGAUUCGGUUAUGAUCUACGACAGACAAUCCUUUAAAUGGGGCGAGUCGGAGCCGAUUCCUUACCCCGUCUAUGGACACGCGACAAUAUCCCACAAUGAUGUUGUGUAUGUGAUUGGAGGGAAGGGAGAGAACAAGACCUGCCUAAAGAAGAUGUGCGCAUACGACGCCAAGAGAUUUGAAUGGAAGGAGCUCGCUCCCAUGAAGACUGCACGGUCCUUGUUAGGAGCCACCGUCCACAAGGACAAAAUAUAUGUGGCAGCAGGCGUGACGGACAACGGUCUGACGGACUCUGUGGAGGUGUACGACAUCGCCACUAACAAGUGGUCGGACUUUGUGCCGUUUCCUCAGGAGCGCAGUUCUCUGAAUCUAGUGUCUUUGGCUGGUUCGCUCUUCGCCGUAGGAGGCUUUGCCAUGAUGCCUUUACAGGACAGUGAGGAGAUCGUUCCCAAAGAGAUGAACGACAUCUGGAGGUAUAAUGAGGCGGAGAAGAAGUGGACCGGCAUCCUCAGAGAGAUCCAGUAUGCCUCGGGGGCCACAAUUUUGGGGGUGCGACUCAACACGCUGCGUCUCACCAAGCUGUGAAACCAGCUCUGUGUUCCAACAGUCCAGAGUUUUGCACAAAGACAGAUUUAGGGUCACAAAAUCCAGCUUUGUGCAUUUAGUGUUUUUUUUUUUUUUUCAUUUAUCUUUCACAUGAUGCUGUAGCUGUUCCAAUUAUGACUAUAACUUAACAUGAAUGACAUUUUUUGAUGAAUAACAUUUUUAUAUAUUUGUUUCUCCAAUUUUUAUCUGAUUGAGAUUGUAAAAUUGUACACAAUCAGUAGCCUAUUGACAUUUUUGCACUGUAUACAAUAAAGAAUAAUGUACUGCAA